AUGGCGGAGACAGCGCCGCCGCCGCCGUCCGACAAGCGGCUGCAGUUCAUCGAGGAGUACGUGCUGAGGGCGCUGCGGCUCAAGCCGGACCGCUGGCAGAAAUGCGUCUCGGCCGAGGAGAACGUGGCCGCCCUGCGGCAGUUCCUGGACAAGGCCGAGUGCCCGGCGCUGGUGGUGUCGCUGAACGCGGCCGGGCUGCUGGUCCCCGCGCUGGCCUUCCCCGCCGCCAUCAAGAACAAGGCCGUGUACUUCGUGAAGAAGAGCCCCGGCGCCCUGAGCGCCGAACUCAUCAGGAGCAGCCUCACGUUCGGGAACCUGUCCUACUCCCCCCUGGAUCAGCUCUCCGCCCUGGUGGAAGAGGUUGUGGCCCCAAUUUUGGCAAAUCCUGAAAAUCAGAAGACGUGGCCCCACGUGCUCUCCCAGGAUGUCCUGCGUCAUGUGAGCGCCCUGAAAAGCAGCCUCUCGGUUAUGGUGGGACAAGUACGCGGGAAGACACUGCUGCCCCUCCCGUCGGGCUCAGAGAGGGUGGAGGACAUCGAAUAUGAGAGCGAAAAAAGUGAUAAUCUAGGCAAGACGAUCGUGCACGAGAUAGAAUCCGCCAUCAUUCAGUGGAGCCACCAGGUCCGCGGAGUGUUAAACAGAGACUCCUCCGAGCAAAUUCUACAAGGCCGCAACUCAAAUCCCAACGUGGAGCUGGACUUCUGGAAGAGCAGAUAUGCUGACCUGGAGUGUAUAUACGAUCAACUGAAAACCAAGAAAGUGCGCAAAAUGGCGGAGCUGCUGGAGAAAAUAGAGAGCAGCUAUUUCCCAGCAUUCAAAGCGUUAUUCCGAGACGUCGCAGCAGCUUUGUCGGAGGCUCAGGACAUCAAUCUGCACCUCAAACCUCUCCAGCGCCAUUUUGAAGAAAUUGAGAGCGUGGAAUUUAAUGAGGUGAAGCCUCUGAUUGCCCCUCUGAUGCAUGUCCUCUGUUUGGUGUGGGCUCACUCCAAGUACUACAACACCCCGACCCGCAUUAUCGUCCUUCUGCAAGAAAUCUGCAACCUCUUCAUCCAGCAGGCUCGAAAUUAUCUGAACCCAGAAGACCUGCUGAAGGGGGAUGUGGAGGAGAGUCUCCCCAGAGUCCAAGAGGUUCUGUCUACACUGCGCUUCCUGAUACAAACCUUUGAAGACCAAAGGGAGAAGCUACCCAGCUACUAUAAGAAUGGGCAAGAGGUGAUAUCUUGGGACUUUCCAUCGAUAUUGGUCUUUGCAAGGCUAGAAGGUUUCAUCAGUAGGCUGGAGACCAUCGAGGGUUUGUUACUCGCAGCGCUGGACAUGAUAAAACUGGAGAAAAUCGAGUUCGGAGGGGUUAAGGGAAAAGUUUUAAGUCAGACAGUGGCGGAUAUGUACCAGGAGUUUCAGGAAAUGUACAAAGUGUUCUCUGACAAGACCUACGACUGCUUGGACAACGAGAACAAGGAGUUUGAAGAGGACGUCGCGGAUUUUCAGAUGAGCGUUCAGGACAUGGACAGACGUCUGGGCACCUUGUUCUGCCUGGCGUUCGAUGACACCUCAGGCCUGGAGCACUCCUUCAGGCUGGUGGAUAUGUUCGGAAGUCUCCUGGACCGUCCGCUGAUAGCGCAGGAUGCGUUUGAUAAGUACCCCCUGCUUGUUUCCAUGUUUGACCAGGAGCUGGACGACGCGAAGGCCAUCUUUGACCAUCACAUGAUGGAAGACGUGGAGCAAGGAUAUCAUCACAUACAUACGAAUAUGCCGCUGGUGGCUGGUAACCUGAACUGGGCCAAUGAACUGAGAGAGAGACUGCAAAUCCCUUACAGCAACUUCCGGCACAUCACACACCCGUGA